AUGGAUGGGGGACAAAGACACCUCUUGCAGCUGCUCUGCUUCGCUGCUCUUCUUAUUUGUGCCCGUGGUCAGUGUCAGCAGGGCUGGAGGGAGUAUGAGAGCAAAUGCUACUUCUUCUCAACCGACACAAAGUCCUGGUUGGACGCCAAUGCAUUUUGUCUGGAGCAGAACAGCAACUUGAUGAGCAUUCAGGACAUUCAUGAGAGGCUGUGGGUGAGAACACAAAUCAGCACAGACAGCUUCUGGAUUGGCCUGAAUGACCGAGUGUCAGAGGGCGUGUGGGAGUGGAGCGAUGGGAGUCCUUUCAUCGAGUAUCUAUCAGACUGGAGGCAAGGCCAGCCUGACAACUGGAACGACGAGGACUGUGGUCAAGUGGUCGGGUCCAGCUUUGGACAAUGGAACGAUGAAGACUGCAGCGUGGCGAGGAAAUACAUCUGCAAGCACCUCAACCCCAACCCUGGGCCACAGUGUGACCUGGCCAACGGGUGGAGGCCGUACGGUUCCAACUGCUACAAGCUGAAGGCCGACACGAGGAAGAGCUGGUCAGCAGCCAGACUCGACUGCGUGCAGGACGGAGGGGACCUGCUGUCCAUCACCUCCGCAGCCGAAGAGCAGUACGUCACAGGGACACUGGACCAGUCACGGUUUGACCUCUGGAUUGGGUUCUCCACACUGAAAUGCAACAAGAUGUCCUGUCAAGUUGAAGUGGGAAACAGCCAGUUCACCUGGAGUGACGCUAACACAGAGGCUUACACAAACUGGGCCGGCGGUGAACCUACAGUUGACACACAGUCGGGCUCAUGUGCUGCCAUAAUCAAAGAUGCGUCGGAUCGAUUCGGGGAGUGGCGGUCACAUGUGUGCAGAUACGAGCGUCCGUACAUGUGUAAACGACCACUGAACACCAUCUGCCCCGAUGGCUGGUCGAGCUUCGCCGGCUCUUGUUAUUGGCUGGUCAGUAACAUCAACCUCUUGACCACCUGGCACGACGCCCUCACCAAGUGCUCGGAUAUGGGGGCACACCUGCUGAUUAUAGACAGUCAAGAAGAACAGUUCUACAUAAACGGUAAACUUCCAGACUUUCACCAAGUGGACAUCCCUGACAUCUGGAUCGGUUUAUCAGAUAAAGACCAGGAUGGAGACUUCAGGUGGGUGGAUAAAUCCGCAGUUACUUUUUCGAACUAUGGUCCCGGCUGGCCCAGAAACACUGCAGGUGUCUGGGACUGUGGACAGAUCUUCACAGGAAACUAUGAUGGCAAAUGGGAAACGACCAACUGCUUCAAGAGCUUGGGUUACGUCUGUGAGAUGACGGGUGGACAGAAUACGAAACCAACCUCACCUCCUGAUUCCCACUGUGAUCCUGGACACUUGUUGUACGGGGACUUCUGCUAUCAUUUCGAGACUGAGAUGGUGAAGAACUGGCACGAUGCUGAGGCCCACUGCAGCAGAGAGCAGGGUCACCUGGCCAGCUUCCACUCACAGGAAGAACUGAGCUUCCUGACCGCUCACAUGCCGGCAGAGUCCUGGGUCGGUUUGAAUGACAUCAAUGUUGAAAACCAGUUUGUGUACACCGAUGGAACUCCAACAGACUUCCUUCUUUGGGAAUCCAACCAGCCCGAUAACUCGGAGGAUAACGAGGACUGUGUGCACCUCAGAGGCAUGACUCACGCUGAAGCUGGCAAACUAAAUGAUGACAUCUGCUCUGCCACCAAGGAAUAUAUCUGCAAAAAAGCCAAGGGACAAGGACCUCCUCCCCAGCCCCCAACAUCUGGACCAGGAUGGAAUGAUAAAUGUGGUUCCUGGAUGUCGGACCCUUUCAACGACUACUGCUACCUGUUCAACUACCUGUCCAUGAGGACGUGGGCCGAGGCUCGAGCCGACUGCGUCAACCAGGGAGGAGACCUCAUCAGUAUCACUGAUCCCUACGAGCAAGCCUUCAUACAGGGGGUGAUCCAGACGAGUCCCACAGGGAUCUCACUGUGGAUGGGCGGCCAUGACUCCAUCACUGAGAGCGGCUGGGAGUGGAUGGACGGCUCUCCGUUCAGAUACAUUCGCUGGAGCGCAGGUAACCCAGACGACUACUAUGGGGAAGACUGCCUUUCUAUAGUUAUUAACAGUGGCUACUGGAAUGAUGACAACUGUGAGAACAACAGAGGAUACAUCUGCAAGCGGAGAGGAAACCUGCCCGAGCCUCCUCCACCCCACGAUGGUUUCAUGACAGCGCUGGUGUGCCAGGACUCCUCCGCCGUCCUCCACUGUCCAGAAGAAAGUGUCAUCAACAUCCAGUCCGCCUUCUACGGACGGAAGAGUGAUGACAUCUGUCCACAUCUGGGUGGAUCAACAGGUGCUGUAGCGAAAGGAACUACACAUAGCUGCACAGUGGAAGGUGUCCUCCCGAUGGUAAGGAAGUCGUGUGACAACCGACCCUUCUGCUUCGUGUACGCCCACACGGAGGAGGACCCCUGCCCGGCCGUUUCCAAAUACAUGGAGAUCGUCUACAGCUGUGAACAAAAAGUGUGUCUUCACGGCCUGGGUGUCGAGGAUGGAAACAUCACAGACUCCCAGCUCUCUGCUUCCUCCUACACUGGGGCUUUCACUCCCAACAAAGCCCGUUUGAAUGGGAACUCCUGCUGGAUGCCUUCAGGAAACCCAACUUCCAGCUGGAUCCAGGUGGACCUGGGCCAGACCAGAAAGGUGACAGGGGUAGUGAUCCAGGGUUGUCCUCAAAAUGACCACUGGCUCACUAAAUUCAAGAUCCAGCACAGUAUGGACGGAGCAAACUGGACUGAUUACACAGGCGACGGGCGGUUUCUCCCAGGUUCAACAGACAGAAACACCCCCGACACUCAGCUUCUGGGUUCACCUUUGGUAGCCCAGUACGUCCGUAUCCUCCCGCUGGACUUUAGCGGAGAGGCGGGCCUUCGAUUUGAUGUCCUGGGAUGCACCCCAGAAUAUGCGAUUGCAUGCGUCACAAAGCCCAACUUCAACCUUGCCAAUGAUCGAAUGACUGUCCACUGUCCUGCGGGCUGUGCCAAGGCAUAUUACAGCGUCUAUGGCACCUCUGUGUAUCGUGGGGACUCAAACAUCUGUGCAGCAGCGAUCCACGCUGGAGUGAUACUAGACGAAAUUGGUGGAGAAUGCACUUUGUUGAAAGCUGCGGGCCAGGACCUCUACCCCGGUUCCACCAGGAACGGCAUCACCUCCAGACAAUACGAUGGAGACUAUGCUGUAUCGUACAUAUUUGCAGAUGGGGAGCUGAGGUGCUCUGGGCCGGACUGGUAUGAGUUCGGGGACUUCUGCUACAAACCAUUCGAAGACAGAAAGACGUGGCACGAUGCCCGCGACACCUGCAGGAGCCUGGGAGCUGAACUCGUCUCCAUCCUCUCCAUGACUGAGCAGACCUGGCUGGAGAGUUACAUGUACAUGGCUACCAAUGAUGUGUGGACCGGUCUGAACGACCUGUUCUUGACGGGUAUGUUCGCCUGGUCGGACAUGCAUAUGGUCACCUUCACCUACUGGGCUCCGGGGGAACCCAACAACCACGGCGGCUUCAGCGAAAACUGUGUUGAGAUGUUACACCAGACUGGACGAUGGAACGACGCCUCCUGUUCAGAGCUCAACACCUACAUAUGCAAAACACCCAAAGACCAUUACCCCCUGCCCUCCGUGAAACCCACCCAAUACGGAUGUCCUCAGGGGUGGGAUGCUUACGGCUACGCCUGCUACUGGAUGGAGGAGACCCCCCAGAGCUGGUCGGAUGCUAAGGUCUUCUGCACGGAGCAGAAAGGCUUCCUGCUGCACAUCGGAGACAUUUAUGAGCAGGCGCAUUUCACCGUGGAGUUGUCGGGAAAAACAGGGAUGUGGUGGCUGGGCCUGCGGGCUCGCGGAGGCACAUCUGGAGGGGUGGACUACAUCUGGGACAACGGCUCCCCUCUGUCCUUCACUCACUGGGACAGAGACCAGCCAGAUAGCGGGGAUGGGACCUGUGUCGCUAUGACAACCGGGCCGAUUGGUGGUUUCUGGGAUGACAAGCAGUGCUCUGAGAAGCUCGCCUUCAUCUGUGAGAGACCCAGGCCGGACAUCACCCCACCCACCAGACCCCCGACUCCUCCUCCCGCGCAGGGCUGUGCUGAGGGCUGGACGGGCCUGCCUCACUUCAGGAACUGUUACAAGCUCUUCCACAAUGUGGACUGGUCCCUGAAGAAGAGCUGGGGAGCCGCACACGAGGACUGCGUGUCCAGAGGGGCCGAUCUGGUCAGCAUCCACAACCAGGAGCAGGAGGAGUUCCUGUCUCUGUACAGCAAAGGCAGCACAAAGUGGAUCGGCCUCAAGCACAACCCCACAGAGGGAGGUCAUACUUGGAGUGACGGCUCACCUCUGUCCCACACCAACUGGGGCCACGGGGAACCCAACGACCACGAGGACCGCGAGGACUGUGUGGAGAUGGUGAGCAGCGCCAAUGGGACGUCCUCCUGGUGGAACGACCUCAACUGUGACGCUCACCAGGACUGGAUAUGCAUGAUCACUAAGGGAAGGACCCCCAUCCUGCCCCCCGUGCCCCCCCCUCCACUCCCAGCCCCCGACUGCGGAACCAACGUUGGCUGGAGGAAGAACAACAACAUCUGUUACUACUACAACGACACCGACGUGGUGGACUUCCACACGGCCAUCACGCGCUGCUACCAUGAGAAAGCCUCGCUCGUCUCCAUCCACAGCAAAGAGGAACAGGCCUUCGUCAACACCAUGGUGGGGACAGGGCGUGUCACUGCAGCCUGGAUCGGAUUGAGGAUGAUCGGCAUUGCGAACGGACAGUACCUCUGGAUGGACCACUCCCCUGUGACGUACACUCACUGGGCCUCGGGUGAGCCCAACAACGCCAACGGGGAGGAGCAGUGUGCUUAUAUGAACAGACAUCAAGGUGGAUGGAACGAUGCCAACUGUGGUCGGGCCGCAGCAGGUUACGUCUGCAAGAAGCUCCCCGGAGACAACCACACCCCUCCUCCACCCACACAGCCCUGGGAGGGGAACUGCCCUGAAGGUUGGAUGCGUUUCAAGGACAAGUGCUUCCUGUUCAAAGGGAAGAAAAAUGAUCUUAAAGGCAACUGGUCCUUCGCCCGGAGCUGGUGCAAAGACCAAGGCGGAGAGCUGGCGGUUAUUGAUGACCAGUAUGAGAAUGACUUUGUGUCCAGCUACCUGAGGGACCUGGAGCUCCCCACCUGGAUCGGCCUGUCCGAUCUCUUGGCAGAGAACCAGUACACCUGGAGCGACGGGGUCAGCCCAGUGCUCUACACCAACUGGAAAGACAAGGAGCCCAACAAUGCAGGAGGAACGGAACACUGUGUGGCAUUGAGUCACGGCCCCCUGGUGACGGGCAAGUGGAACGACGACGCCUGUCACAAGAAUCACAGCUUCAUCUGCUACAGGCAGAAAUCCAGCAGCAUCGCGCCUCCACCCCCAACCCAGAGCCCCUGCCCGGUGGGCUACGUCUCCUGGUAUCAGAACUGCUACAAGCUGGUGGAGGAGCCUGCGACCUGGGACGCGGCUCAGAAAGCCUGCGAGCACCAGGGAGGGAACCUGGCGAGCAUCGACAUGAGCUACGACCAGGCCUUCGUCGCGGGAGUGGUGCUGCAGGGCAGAGCCGACGCCUGGAUCGGACUCAGGCGCAAGGAUGACAGCUCGUACACGUGGACAGACGGCUGGCCCGUGUUUUUCACCCAGUGGGGCCCAGGAGAGCCGAGCAACAUUAAGGACGAGGGCUGCGUGAGCAUGCACGCGUCACGCGGGUUCCACGGGACCUGGAACGACACCAAGUGUGACCAGGCCAAGCCUUACAUCUGCAAGAUCUCCUCAGAGACCCCGCCACCCACUCCCGUCCCUGGUGAUGGGAAGUGUCUGCCUUUCUGGAUCCCCUAUGGCCGCCACUGUUACUUUGUGUACAACCAGCAGACGGGCUUCUCCUGGCCGGACGCCCGACACUACUGCCAGGAAGUCAGGGCAGAGCUGGCGUCCAUCCACAGCCGAGCGGAGGUGGAGUUCAUCAGGAACCUCAACUAUACCAAACAUCACAACAUCUGGAUCGGACUCACCAGGGACCGCAACUUUGGCUGGGGCUGGACAGAUAAGACGUCUCUGGGCUUCCUGAACUGGGCUCCCAGUGAACCCAACAUGGCCUUUCACCCCGGGGACGUGGCCGAGGAGAACUGCGUGGAGAUGUAUGGCGACGGGCGCUGGAACGACAACAACUGCCUGCAGAAGAGAGGGUUCGCGUGUCGCCACCGCCAGUAUUACACAACAGAUGAUGGCGGGAAUCCGAUUUUCCCCACCGAUGGUCCAGGUGUCAACGAUGGAGGCGUGAUAGCCGGUGCCGUCAUCGCAGCCUUGGUGAUGCUCAUCUUGAUAGCUGGAGGGCUGUUCUACCUCUUCAGGGUGCGCGGUUAUAAACUAAGCGCCAUUAGCCUGCCAACGCGCAAAGUCACCGUCAUUGAUGUGCCUGCUUUCAACAACCCCAACUUCGAAGGAGACUCCGACACAUAAAACACCAUCCAAGUUUUGUACAGUGAAUUUAAACAAAUCAGUAAUAAUGUAGUUUCAUGCGAUGAAAUGCUAUUGUAUAUACAGGUAUCUUUAUAAACUAGAACAUGUCAUGUUUCCAGGAAUUAUUGCAACACAUGUCAAGACUCAUUCAGAAAAUUCCAUACAUUCUCUUAGUUUGAUGUCUUUCACCACCAAAUAUGAAAUUGUGUGGAGUAAAAGAAAAGUCAACAAUGA